CAAUUGCAACGGUCCUUCUCUCGGGAUCAUGACGGUCCUGUCACGCGGCAAGUGCCGGGAUCAAGGGUCCAGCACAGCCGCACAGACGUUUCCCGUCCCUGCGACCGUCUUGACGGUCUGUUUGGUUCCCUCCCCUACUGCCCCCGUGGGAGACGCGUCCCGUCCGUCUUCCUUCUCUUCCGAUCGCGAUGCCGCUCGCUCCCUCGCUUUCAGACUCUUGGUGUCUGUCUGUCAGGCGGGUUUUUCAGGCGGGGAUACCAACUACGCCACCGCCCAUCAUGGCUCUCGUCUUGCGACUGGUCUGACAUUGUUAGGGUCCUUUUUCGCUAUUGCAGUAAUCGCCGCCACUGUUUAUAUCGCGAUCGCCAGGAGGCAGGCACGGUUCUCUCAACAGCAGCGCCGUGCAUCUACCAGCUCAUUUGGACGGAUUAUGGACUUGUUUCCCCUACCCCCGCCUCUGCCUUUGCUACCAACAGCAUCCUCUCCGUCGGAUCCAAGUCCAGAGCCACCGCUGGCAACAAAAUACGCCUUUCCUCGCUUGAAUGGCAAACUUGACAAGAAUGGUGAUUUUGAGACUGAGGAAAUCGACUUGUCUCUGGCUAAUAAAACGGAUUGGUUUGUGGAUCUCUGCCAGCGUUACAGUCUCCCCUCCUACGGUACCAAAGCAGUGCGACGGGACCGUCUUAUGAAGUUCAGCCAGUCCGGAAUGGCAAAGUGGAAGUCGAGUCUUUUUACUCCUGCGCGUAUCCCUCACAAGGGCGUAAGGAACGGUGGUGUCACCAAGAGAAAACCAACAAGGCGGGAGCAUCGUAUCCUUCAGGCAAGCUCACUCACAAGUGCAACUCCACCGGUGAUCUUUGCUACGGAAAGAUCAAAGGACACUCGUAGUCAGACCGUGGUGGACAGAAUCCUACCAUGGGCUCAUAGUCUCUUGGCCAAGAUGGCACAAACUCCUCCUACAAACCCCCGCCACACUCAUCUGCCAGAACGAAAGACCAGCGGUACGUACAUUGGCAUGCAACAGAUAGUUCAGGAUCCCUUCGAGAACCCGGUUUUUGCGCAACGGGUCGCUUCGAUUGUUGAUGAGCACUUGGCCGUUUAUCGGGGUCCCGUCGAUGCUGCCACCGAGACCUUGCCCAUUUCUUCAGUUGAAUCGCCUCGUCCAUCCAUGGAUCUUGACACUGCCUGCCUUGGCCUGACUACAGCUUCCAACGACAGCUUCUCUACUUAUGUGGACCGCUCGGAUUCACCAACCUUACCAUCUCUUGAGCCUCCUAUGGUUGUGACGGCUUUAGGACCUGAGAUACCUGAGAGGGCACCUGUACCUUCCGACAAUGAUUCCGGCAGCAAGAUACAGUGUGUACUGAUCUUCGCCGAUGGCUCAAAAAUGCUAGUCCAUCAACGCGAUGUUCCACCGACAAAGCCGUUUCGCUAUGCCACCAAUAUUCAAAGUCUCAUUCAGAGCUGGGACGACAGUUGUCCUGAGUGGGCGCCGCCUCCUGAUCACCCAAUCAUUAUCCAUGGACGUUCCGUUCCUAUCAAGUACUGGAAUAUGCUGUAUAAAUAUAACAAGACUGUUCAUGGCGAGUGGAAGACAUUGAAGAACGACUGGAUGAACUGGAAGUUCUUCAUGGAGGCCUAUCGAGCCAGCGGCACACCUGAAGCAUUUUGGGCAACAUAUUCCGACUCUCAGGGACAACGUCUGAAAUACUCUCGCAUCUUGCAGCUCCUUCUAAAAAAACGUAAAGCGAGCAACGUUGCAGAGGAGGCAAAGCGGACUUUUGACAAGGGAGUUCAUCAAUCGAUUUGGGUAUAUGAAGAAGGGGAUGUGGGUCCCUAUGACAAGAGAUUUGAAUAUCGCCCAGGUAUCUAAAGCAAAGAUAGGAAUGAAUGGAGAUGCAGAAGAUGAUUAGUUUACAUUCUUUUGUCAUAUUUUUGAAAUUAUGUCCUUUCUUAUAUUUCUUUGCACAAAUUUUAUUGAAGCUAUACGU